AAGCCAGCAGUUUGUGUUUGUAAGCGGACGGCAGCAAAAGCAUCUUUCUCAUUUCUUCGUCUAGUGAAAAACUGAUUUGUAUUUUCUAAUUGAAAAGAGAUUUGAAUAAAAAAAUAAAACAGCAACAUCAUGGCGAAAAUGGCAUUUCAGCAUCAGGCCGGCACGGCAAUGGAAUGUUUAAGCAUUCCCAUUACGCUGCACAAGGAGCAGGAUUACGAUCAGGAGGGCAGAGAGAUACUUAAGUGUGGCUUUAAAAUUGGCGGUGGCAUCGAUCAGGACUAUAAGAAAAGUCCACAGGGCUACACCGAUUACGGCAUCUAUGUGACGGAGGUGCAUGAGGGCAGUCCAGCUGCCCGUGCUGGACUUCGCAUCCACGACAAGAUACUCCAAUGCAAUGGCUAUGAUUUUACAAUGGUCACCCACAAAAAGGCUGUGAGCUACAUCAGGAAAAACCCCAUACUCAAUAUGCUUGUGGCACGCAAGGGUGUCACAUCCACAUAAUUCAUAAUUCGAAUCUGGAGCAUUCAUGCGGUAUAGAAAUCAACUAUCUAUCAACUGUCUCCACACAUAGCUAAGGAUCUCUUUCGCUCUAUCGAUCUAUCUCCUACCAGCGCUUUUGGCAACUCUGCGAAUAUAUAGAUACUGAUUAUUUACUUACUAUAUAAGCAUUUACACCUAAUACUUUUUACCCUAAAAUAUUAUGCAUAUCGCGCACUCAUAAGAUAAAAGCAACUGAAAUAUUAGAUAUGUGAAUGUAGUAUGUAGUGAAAGCUUCUUGUUAGAUUGAAUAAUUUACUUUGAAAUUGGUUCAAGUUCUAGGUUGUUAUACAAAAAAAAAUUAAAAAUACUCUUCAAAUUGCCAAACCGAACAAAAACCACAAAAAAGUGAAGCAUUUCAAAGUGUAUAAAUAAGAUUUCUCAUUGUACAUUCUCAAAAAUCAAUUAAAUAUAGAGACUACAAAUCAGUGUAUUCAGCUCGCCCAACACUUUUGUAAACAAUUUUGUACUUUUAUACACUUGUCAGAUACAAACACACAGAUACAGAUGCAGAUACAUGCCCUAUAUACAAUCUACAAUCAGCAGCAUUCCAAAAACAAAACGCAAAGUUGUUGAAAACUAAAUAGUACAUAAUUGUGAUAAAAUGCCGUUAAUUGUGCAGAUGUGUUUAUUUUUUUUAUAAAUAUGUAUAAAUACACUUUUUUAAGUAAUUUUAAAAUCAGUUUUUAAAUGUUAAAUUGCAUUGAAUAAAUGUUUGCCUCUAGAAAA